AUGAGGGUCGUCGUCUUUUCAGUCUUUCUAUCCACGGCAGGUUUCGUGAUCGGUACACCCACGAAGGAGGUUAAGAAGCGGGCUUCUUCUUUCGAAUCAAUCCAGAUACUCAUUGAUGCUGGGUUGAACAUUUUUCGAGUGCCAUUUCUGAUGGAACGUAUGAUUCCGAAUGAGAUGACCGGGUCGCUUGAUACAGAUUAUUUCGAUGGCUAUAGCGAGGUCAUUGAGUAUAUCACCAACCAGGGUGCAUAUGCCGUGAUUGAUCCGCACAACUUCGGACGGUAUUAUGGUAAUCUUAUUACUUCAACCUCCGACUUUGAAGCUUUCUGGGCAACACUCGCAACGCAGUUCGCAUCGAAUGACAAAGUCAUUUUCGACACGAACAACGAAUACUACGGAUUUGAAGAAUCUGACGUCGUAGCCCUCAACCAAGCAGCCAUCAACGGCAUUCGCGGCGUCGGCGCAACAACACAGUACAUCUUCGCCGAGGGCAACCAAUACACGGGCGCCUGGACAUGGACCACCUACAACACUGGCAUGAGCAAUCUCACCGACCCGUCAAACCUCCUCGUCUACGAAAUGCACCAAUACCUCGACUCAGACGGCUCCGGCACCUCAGACGCAUGCGUAAGCAGCACGAUUGGCCAAGAACGUGUCGAAGACGCAACGGCCUGGCUCAUCGAGAACAACAAGACAGCAAUUCUCGGCGAAUAUGCAGGGGGCGCCAACUCUGUCUGUGAAGAGGCUGUUACUGGUAUGCUGGAUUAUCUGGCUGAUAAUUCGAAUGUUUGGCUGGGUGCUUUGUUUUGGAGUGCGGGGCCGUGGUGGGGCAGCUACAUUUUCUCAUUGGAGCCUCCCAGUGGCAUUGCGUAUGAGUAUUAUAUGCCGAUUUUGGAAACUUAUGCCUGA